AUGGCUGGAGGAUUUGGUGACCGCCUCGCGCGCGGGGUGACCUUCUGGGGAACGGUUGGUGCGGUGAUGACUGCACUGAAGCUGAAGGAGCAGCAUGAUAACUAUUCUAGCCUGCCGGACGAUGAGGAAGGCUUCAACCACGGGCCCGUCGCCCUUCAGAACCCCAACCUCGAUGAGGAGGCGGCCGACGGCGCGUCGUUGCUGGACACUUCGCUGCAGAAUGGCCGGCCCAAACGGCAACGCAAAGCAGACUGCUGCAUGUGCUGCGGAUUGCGCUGCGGACUCUUCUGGAAGGCAUUCGGAGUCGUCCUGCUCCUCUUCCUGGGCUACCAGGCGAUCAAACUGGCGAUCUGGGCGGCAAAGCCCAAGCUCACCGGUCUGGAGGGGAUGCCCGAGUUCAGCACGUCGCUGGGAUGCGCAGACGCGAGGUUCUUGUACAACGGGACGAAGAUGGACAUCCACGUCCCUGUCGGCUCGCACAAGGAUGACCACUCGCUCGACGUGCGCGGUGGCGCCCUGGGCACGAUCAUCCUCGCGCAGGGCUCCCCGGACCUGACCUCCGUCAGGUACGAGCUCACGCUUCGCUCAGACACGCCGUCGCUAUUCAAGGAUGUCGUGCUCGACUACCCUGCCCCGGACGAAAUGGAGGACAACAUGCGCUCCAGCCGCUUGCAGCUCAGCACGCCUGGUCUCCUUGGGCUCGGCUGCAUGCGCUUCGACAUGACGAUCUACCUUCCGCAGAACCUCCGCACCCUCCACGUCCAGGCGCACGCCCUUUCGCAGAUCAAGUUUGACGAGGACUCAAAUUUCGACCUCGACAAACUCUCCGUGAGCAUGUACAAGCUCGACCAGCGCUCGAUGCUGCUCCCCACUGAGGGCAUGCACGCGAGGACCAUGAAGAUGCAGAUCACGCGCGGGUGGCUCGUCGGCGCUGUCACCGCGGGCGACGAGGUUACCCUCAUGACGCAGACCGGCGACGCGACGUUGAACGUCCACGUGCACCCCGCGCCGUCGAGCGCGGAGCCGCCGGCCCCGGUCCGCCUGCUCACGUCGACGGGCGCGGGCCGCACGGACGUGGUGUGGGCCUCGCACGCGGCGGGCCUGUCACACCGGCCGAUCGACGCGACGCACCAUAUGUCGAUGGGCGGGGCGGCGUACCUGACGUACAAGGACUCGGGAUUCAACGGCACGGUCGACCUCACCGCGAAGUCGUUCACCGCGACGGGCCUGCAGGCCGCGUUCGAGAAGGAGGGGCUGUUGCCGUACGUGGGCAGCAGGGCGGGCGUGGACCGCAUGCUGGUGAAGGCGCAGGGAUGGGUGGGGCUGUACUUCUGA